UAAAGAAGAUGGAUGUCGUCUUGUUUAGCCGGUAAGCCGCAAGCCUCGAGCCCCUGUAUUCGCAGCCUUGGCCUAUUAUGUGGCGUCCAGAAUCUUACAAAGCUUAGUAAUGUGGUGCUGAGAAUUAUGGCUUCAAAUCGUGGACUAUCGAGAUGUGCUACCUUAGUUGUGCUGUAUCAUGGGGUAAGCAGCGGUGAGAUGUACAACAUGGCUUGCAACUGUGCACAUCUUAUGCAUUGCUAGGCACGAUAACGGUGCAGCAAGAGUGUCAACAUAUACAUUGAGGAUGCAAGGUGUGAAGCUCCCUAUGAGCUUGCAAAGACCAUCCCUAAGUAUCUGAUCAUCCUUAUCGACCUCGAGUGCGGAAAUCCUCAGUCAAAAAUGUUCUCGAUGUCUUCCAAAGUUGAGCUUUCAGAGGUGAUGAAGUCGGUGGUUGUUCAUCCAACAUCACCGAUAUCGACUACUAUCACAACAGUUGCCGUCCCGACUUCUCUUGAGGCGAAUGAUGUGCUGAUCAAGAUCCAUGCCGCGGCUUCCAACCCUAAAGACUGGAUUCACCUUGUUUCUCGUGGCUUUUCGCUGAACUCAGGAGAUGACCUCGCAGGAGUUGUUGCUGCGCUCGGGUCAGAUGUUACCAGCCUCCAGAUAGGGGUCAGAGUGGCUGCCUUCCAUCCCAUGGGCCAGCCUUACGGCGCCUACGCAGAGUAUGCGACCGCCCCAGAGCACACAAUUUUCAAGAUUCCCGAGAGCAUGACCUUCGAGGAAGCCAGUACCAUUCCGCUGGUCAGUCUUACGGCAGCAAUAACUCUGUUCCGCAGGCAAGGCUUUGCGGCGCCGUGGAAGCCUGAGGCCGCCGACAAGAACGACAAGCCGUUGCUGGUGUAUGCGGCCACAAGUGCGCUGGGGACUUUCACGAUCAGGCUUGCCAAGCUGGCGGGCAUUGGCCCGAUCAUUGCAAUAGGUGGUGGUAGUAGCGCAUACUUGAGCACUCUGCUCGACAUGCAGGAUGUACUCCUGGAUUACCGAUCGGGUAUGGACAAAGUGAAGCAAGAUGUGCGCCAAGUUGUGGAAGAUAGGAAGCUUUCAUUGACGCACGCUGUUGAUGCUUUCAGCGAGAACGGAAGCUGGGUGGAUGUGAGUCAGAUGAUGGAUGGAGGGAUACUCAGUGUCUUUUCUGGCGCGAACAAAUAUGAUGACGCUGGGAUUCCAGGCAAUGUCCAGGUCUUGUACACAUACGUCGGCACUGGACAUGAUGGUGCGUAUAAGCCUGGCAUGCCGAAGCAGCCGUCGGCUGAAGAUGCUCAGGAGGACGUCGACUUCGCUGUCGGGUUCUUCAAGUGGCUUGAAAUGGUACUCCGGCAAGGAAAGUUCUCGGGUCAUCCAUUUGAAGUCAUUCCUGGGGGCCUCGAUGGGGUCGCGGAAGGCUUGAAUAGGUUGAGAGACGGUCAAGUCAGAGGGAGGAAGCUCGUGUAUCAGAUCCCGGCGUAGACUAGUUCACGGCCAAUCAAUGCUGUGGCCACAAUAUGUACAGAUAUCUUUCACGUCAUGGAGACCUGGAGACC